UCUCGUCGCAUAGAAACGGCAGCUUCACAUAAGUGGAUGAACCUCGUCGUCUCUGCUAGACAGCCAUCGGAGUAGGGGGCACAAAAUCCUCAGCCAACACCUAGCUAGCUAAUGGGGAUAUUGCCUUAGUGACAACCUUUCAUGUGUUUUUGUCACCCUGUGCAUUCGUGACCAAGAGACGGACCUGAAAACCCCUGUCGGUUACAGCAUGAACUCUACGCCUAAUGGUGGAGCAGCACCACCCUAUCAGAAUGGUCCAGUAGGACAGACCUACCCAUCCACAUAUCCUCCGGGGUACUAUGGAGCAGGGCCUCAACAGCAGGGCUACCCAACCAUUUCAGGACACUGUGCCCCUGCCCUCAACAAAUCUCCCAUUACGAACAAUGACCACAGUGCUUACUACCACCACAACAGCCACCAGCAGUCUAUUGCUGCACCUACUGUAGCCCCCUCUGCAUACAGAGCAACCCAAGGCUCCCAUCCUCCCUCUCAGCCCUAUGGCACCCUUCCCACCUCAGUUGCCCCUCCAAACCCCCAACAAGCACCUCCAUUCCAACAACCAUCCCCCUAUGCACCGCAUGGGGCCUACCAUGGACAGCAGCAGUACCUCACCUCCCAAGCGCUAAUCUAUCCCCAGCAGCUUAACUUGGUGUCAGCGACCCCCAGCAGCCAAGGCACUCCCAUGUACCCCAUUGUCUCGUACCCCUCUGCACCAGGAAGCAGCCAGUACGGCACUUUGCGUUCCUCCCAGGCUCCCACCGGCUCAGGAGCCGUUUCCAACCUGAUAGGCGCUCCCCUCCACCAGUAUCCCCCAGGAAAUGACACCAGUCACCCAGCAUCUACUGUAGCGGUUCCCUCUGGGCAUAGCAUGGCUCCACCCGGCCAACCAGCCACAGUCAACGGCCAGGAUAAUGCAGUCCAAGCCCCAGUCCUCCAGCACUAUGACCAAAGCCACCAGGCAGCCAUGGCACAUGACCACUAUGGAGUCACACACAACACCGGGGGUGCUGACGGAGAUAGACCACCUUCAGGAACCCCUUUCACUUCCUCCCCGGGGCAUCAGCAAGGCAUGCACUACGGAUAUGUAGCCAAUAGUGGCGCUAGCUCUGCCAACGCCUCCACCAACGCUGCCCCCUUGUCAUCCAGCUCCGAUGAGGAUGUUGAUGAGGAGGAGGAUGAGGAAGCAGGUGGUGAUAGUUCCUCAACUACCACUGGCAGUGCGUCCCCGGUGCCCAACAGUUACGACUCCCUGGAAGGCGGCAGCUACCCAGAGUCCUCCAUUCCCCCCUCCACCGACAUGACCAAACAAGCCCCGCCCUUUGGCUAUGGCUACCCCAGCAUGCAGCCAGCUUAUCAGCAGAGCCCGUCCCCCAGGACAGACUCCUCCCCCUCACACGGCAGGUACAACCAAACUGGCUACCAGCAUUUGUCACAGCCCUUCCCUAACAUGUCCCAGCUGUCUGCGGCCCUGGGGGGGCUGAGCGGUGUGCCAGAGCUGGAAAUGGAGGCUCUGCGGCCUGUCAACCUGCUGCAGGAGAGGAACCUUCUGCCCCACCGGCCCUUGGAUGCCCCCGAACCCAACCUCAACGCUGACCUCAAGAAGGCCAACUGCAGCCCGGACACAUUCAGGUGUACCCUGACCAACAUCCCACAGACCCAGGCCCUGCUGAAUAAAGCCCGGCUGCCCCUGGGCCUCCUCCUGCACCCCUUCAGAGACCUCGCACAACUCCCAGUGAUCACGUCCAGCACCAUAGUGAGAUGUCGCUCCUGUCGUACCUACAUUAACCCCUUCGUCUCCUUCCUGGACCAGAGGAGAUGGAAAUGCAGCCUCUGCUACAGGGUCAACGAUGUUCCUGAUGAGUUCAUGUACAAUCCCGUGACCCGCUCCUAUGGAGAGCCCCACAAGAGGCCAGAGGUGCAGAACUCCACUGUGGAGUUCAUAGCCUCUUCAGAUUACAUGCUGCGGCCCCCUCAGCCUGCAGUGUACCUGUUUGUGCUGGAUGUGUCUCACAACGCGGUGGAUGCAGGCUACCUGGAUGUCUUCUGUCAGACCUUACUGGAGAACCUGGACAAGAUGCCGGGGGACACGCGUACCCGAGUGGGCUUCAUCACCUUCAACAGCACCAUCCACUUCUACAACCUCCACGAGAACCUCUCGCAGCCCCAGAUGCUGGUGGUCUCCGACAUCGACGAUAUCUUCAUUCCAACCCACGACAGUCUACUGGUGAACCUGAAGGAAAGCAGAGCGCUGGUGAGGGUCCUGUUGACCUCCCUACCCGGCAUGUUUAGCCAGACCAGGGAGACCCACAGUGCCCUGGGCCCGGCGCUGCAGGCUGCCUACAAGCUCAUGUCCUCCACAGGGGGCCGCGUCUCCGUGUUCCAGACCCAGCUACCCACGCUGGGUGCCGGCCUGCUGCAGUCCCGGGAGGACCCUAACCAGAGGUCCAGCACCAAGGGGGUCCAACACCUGGGCCCAGCCACAGACUUCUACAAGAAGCUGGCCCUGGACUGUUCUGGUCAGCAGAUAGGAGUGGACCUCUUCCUCCUCAGCUCCCAGUACUCUGACCUGGCCUCACUAGCGUGUGUGUCUAAAUACUCAGCGGGUAGUAUCUUCUACUACCCCUCGUUGCACCACGUUCACAACCCGGCCCAGCUGGACAAGUUCCAGAAGGAUCUGGAGCGCUACCUCACCAGGAAGAUCGGCUUCGAGGCUGUCAUGAGGAUACGCUGCACCAAAGGCUUGUCCAUCCACACAUUCCAUGGGAACUUCUUUGUGCGCUCGACGGACCUGCUGUCCCUGGCCAAUGUCAACCCAGACUCGGGCUUCGCUGUGCAGAUGUCUAUAGAGGAGAGCAUGGCCGACACCUCACUGGCCUGCUUCCAGGCUGCACUGCUGUACACCUCCAGCAAAGGGAAGAGGCGGAUCAGGGUCCAUACUCUGUGUCUGCCAGUGGUCAGCCAGCUGAGUGAUGUAUAUGCCGGGGCUGACGUUCAGGCCAUCACCUGCCUCCUAGCCAACAUGGCCAUUGACCGGUCGAUAUCGUCAAGCCUGUCGGACGCCCGGGAUGCCCUGGUGAAUGCGGUGGUGGACUCCCUGAGUGCGUACAAGAACACCGUCUCGAAUCUGCAGCAGUCUGGUCUCAUCGCCCCCGCAGCCCUCUGUCUCUUCCCCCUCUACGUGCUGGCAUUACUCAAACAGAAAGCACUGCGCACAGGGACCAGCACGAAGCUGGACGAGCGUGUCUUCGCCAUGUGCGAGUUCAAGAGCCAGCCGCUGCAGCAGAUCAUGCGCACGGUCCACCCCGACCUCUACCGCCUGGACACCAUUUCAGACCAGGGGGCGCUCCACCUGAACGACUGCAUAGUGCCCCAGCCCCAUCUGCUGCACCUUACGGCUGAGAAGCUGACCAGAGAAGGCGCUUUCCUCAUGGACUGUGGCAGCGUGUUUUACUUGUGGAUUGGGAAAUGCUGUAAUGAUAUGUUCAUUCGAGACGUGCUGGGCUGCCCAAACCAUGCUUCAAUACCCCCUAACAUGACCCAAAUUCCUGAGCUGGAAACCCCUCUGUCUGAACGACUGCGCGCACUCCUCGCCUGGCUACAGGACUCGCGAACCUUCAGCUCAACACUUCACGUUGUGAAGGAUGAUGCUUCAGCUAAGACCAGCUUUUUCCAGCACUUGGUAGAGGACCGGUCGGAAUCAGCCUUCUCCUACUACGAGUUCCUGCUCCACAUCCAGCAACAGAUGUCCAAGUAGAACACACAGAGCAGAAGGCCCCUUGGGCCUUGUGUAGAAAAAACAAUGAACGUGGCACAUGGUAAACAGGAAGUUCCCUCAGACCACAGAGGGGACAACACAACCAACCCAACCCCACCCACCCUAGUGGUCCGGUCAACCACGGCCUAUGACCCGGGGGAGGCAGGUGGAAGGACCAGAAAGAAAAUGAAAAAUCAGAGUGACAAAGUGAAGAUGACUUCUGGUGUUAAAGUGAAGAUGACUUCUGGUGUUGAAGUGAAGUAAUAGGCCGUUGGACUCACAGAUCAAGUGGUGCGCUCUGAACGGGCUGCUUCUUCAACCAGCUCGCUCCCUUGAACAUUUCCCCUAUCGUCUCUCAGCCGCUGUCGUAGCUCCACGUAGCAUCUCUCUCCAAGGGAAAGCCAAAGAUGCUACUUCCUCCUCAUCUGAUUAAGUUGACCCUUCUCUGAUACGCCCCCGCAUGUUGUGGUAUGAUCCACUUUUUAAAAAAUGUUUUAUUGUCAUACAUCCUCCACAUCCUUCUCCCAUUUCCUCCAUCUUAUCUUCAAACUCAUUGACAUAAGAGUACAGCAUCCCCCCUCUUUGUUUUCAGUGUGUUCUGGAGCUACCUCUGUUACCAUUGUGUUUGCUGCUGCUAGUCGGGUAAUUGGCUACCCUCUGCUUAACAGGAUGCCCUUCAACAGUGGCUGAAUACCCCUCUGCACCUCGACUCCUCUCCCAGCUGUUCAAAUCCUGUGUCGUCAGAUGAAACUGAAACCUUUGUAAACUGCCACCCUCUUGUUUUUUUUUGAUCCGCUACCAGACGUUGCUAUCCACUUUGUAACUAUUGAAAAUAAUAUUUUAUGUGCGAUAAUUUAUAAUUUACCAGCUUAUUAAAUAAAAUGAAACAGUAUUUCACUUGA